AUGGCCGGGAAACAAGUGGACCUUGGCAUCAAGUUGGGGAGACUUGAAGGCCCUACGAAGGGAAUGGGAGAGGAGUUCUCGAAGAAGACCCCUGCAGCGGCGACCUCUUCCGGCGGAAGAAGAGGGAAAGAAGUCUCGGUUAAUGCCGUUAAUUCAGCGCAUGCGGGAUCUCAACAGUAUUCGGUGAAUUUCACGCCUGCACCGCCUUCUAUUGCCGCCUACGCUUCGCCGGCGACGCAUUAUCAGCCUCAACCUCCUACUCAACCUAUCUACUAUUCAGCUUCACCGACUCCACUACCUACAACCUCACAACUGGUCGUCCACCAUUAUACUCCCGCUCCACCUCAAGCCCAACAGUACAGACCCCCGGCUUCGAGAGCUCCUCAGCCGAUGCAAUAG